AUGUCUGAACUUCUACCUAUCUCGUCACAAACCCCAGCGGUCACCUGGGCUGCGUACGUCUUUGCAACGAUCCAUGUGGGCUUUGGCAUUAACGCCAUUCUGCGGCCGACACAUGCAUUGACCUUCUUCGAGUUCAAGCCUCCGGCCGACAAGGGGGCACGCGACUUGGUCAACAGCCUGAUGGCUGUUUACGGCGCACGGGACAUUUUCAUGGGCUUUGCCCUGUACGCGACCGCCUUCUACGGCAGCUCCCAGGCUCUCGCUUGGAUCCUCUUUUCUGCUACAGGCGUUGCGAUUGCGGAUGGGAUGGUUUGCUAUAGCCACGGAAAGGGUUACUGGUCACACUGGAGCCAUGCGCCUAUGUUUAGCGCAGUCGGUUUAGUCCUUUUAGGCACCUUCGAUUGA